GGUGACAGGCUAUCAGGACGAAGGGACGUCACCUAUUCACUCAAGUGUCUGCCUGUGCUCGUGGAUCUGGUGCAAGUAUUGCGUUGUCUCCUGCAGGAAAAGCUCGUAUGAUGGCCGAGAGUAGCGAGGUGCAAUUUUUGCGCCCGAUGUAGUCUUAUCUCUGAAAAAAGUGACCAACGGGAUCGAGCAGCAGAAUCAACAAGAAAGUGAAGCAUCAGCAUAAGAUGAGCAGCAGCAUCAGCAGCAGCAGAAAGGUGAAAAUGGAGAACACGCAGGCUGUACUGAAGGAGGAUCAGACCGAGACUGUCACAUACACGGCGUACAAGAGGCGCUGGGCAAUGAUGGUGACAGUCAUGCUGCUCAAUAUCUCCAACACAGGGAUGGGGUUUAACGUGGCCCCCGUGGCGUACAAAGCCGCUGACUACUUCGAGGUGACGCAGUACGACAUCACCUGGUUCUCGCAGGUGUACCUCAUCUUGCCUUUCACGUUUUCCUCCAUCUCCACUUACAUAUUCAACAAGUUCGACAUGAAAGUGGGCGUCCACAUCGGCUCUGCCCUUAACUGUGUGGGAGCUUUGACGCGCGCCGUGGCCACCUCGGGUCUUAUAGCAGACCUCUGGACUCAGUACGUUGUCAGCCUCAUCGGACAGGCCGCUGGAUCGGCGGGGCAUCUUUUCAUCGGCUUUAUUGUCACGAAGGUCACACAGAAUUGGUUCCCUGACGGCGAACGCAUGGUAGCAACAGCCAUCAUGGCAUUCUUUCCCGCCCUGGGGAUCUCGGUGGCCCAGGUGAUGGCGCCGAUUGUGGUGACGGAGAAGCAGCAGAUUCCGACCCUCAACUACAUAUACGGCGGGCUGGCCCUUCUUGCCGAGAUUGCCACUCUGAUCUGUGUCACCAGGUCGAGGCCACCAACACCACCGAGUCGCAGCGCCGAACACGGGACAACGGCCAGAGCUCCUUACCUGCAGCAGCUCAAGCAGACUUUUACUUCUCCUUCCUUCCUUGGUCUCAUCAUAAUGUCCGGAGUAAUGACGGCUUUCUACCUCUGCCUCACUACACUGUCGCAGCAAAUGCUGUGUUCCAAGGGAUACAGUGAUUUCUUCAGCGGAGUGGUGGUGGCCGUCUUCAACAUAGCAGGCUUAGUGGGUUCGAUUGCCAUAGCAGCGGUGGAAAAUCGUACUAAGGCUUUAACGGAAAUCACGAAGCUUGGCAAUGCUUUUGGAGUGUUAUUUACCAUAAUGUUGAUGGAGGUUUACUUAGUGCCCGGCCAGCACGCCCUUCUGAUCAUCUUCAGUGUCUUGUUUGGAUUCUUCAGCUCUGGAGUGUACCCCAUUAGUCUGGAGAUAGGAGUGGAGAUCACUUACCCUGUGGAGGAGACCAUCAGCACUACAUUGAUCUUUGUGACUGGUCAGAUUCUGGGUGUACUCAUGACCUACACGGCGAACGUUCUCUCCAGCGAUCUGCCGCCAGAGUUACAAGACAUAGAGGUGUGUACCAAGAACAUUACCUCCGACCUGCAGGCCAGAGACUACUCGGGUGUGGUCAUGGGGCUUAUGGGCGUCCUCACCUUCAUCGUCAUCCUCUUCACUGUCUUCUUCCGGACGCCCUACAAGCGGCGAGAGGUGGAGCAGACCACCGACAUGAGCGACACCGCCGAGCCCACCACCUCCACCUGUGGCCGAUGA